UAUUAUUGAUUAGGCCUAUAUUCAUCUUCUUAAGGAGGUGUGCAAAAUGACGCACACGGCGUUCUCGCUUUGCACACGGUCUUUACGAUGACAGAGGGAGGAGGAGGAGGAGUCAUGUUCUCCUCCUAACCAAUCGUAAGUCGUCGGUCAUGUUGUCCACACGAUACUCUCACUGAGUAGCAUUUUUUCUUUUAGCGAUCAACAGGUAUGGGAUGUUGACUGGGUGGAUUAUUUCAUCUUUACACGUCUCAAUCUUCACGGCAGAUAACAAAAAUAGUGACACUCUUCAUACUGCAUGCAAACACUCGAUUAACUGAAACACUGGAAAAUCUAUUUAUCGGCUAACUAAUUUUCUUUCUUAAAGUUUACCUGAGAGGCGUUGGAAAUUUGAAAAGGUUUCUCGAUAGGUGAACUAAACACUGGAAACUCCACUUAUCGGCUCACUGAUUUUUCUAUCCUUAAGCGGAACCUGAGAAGCUUUGGAAAUUUGAAAAGGUUUCUCUAAAAGUGAACUGAUCCUGUGCUUUUAGGAACAAAAAUGACAGAAAACAAGGCAGAUAGGGAUAUACUCAUGAUGAAUUGGAAAAGGGGCGGCAACGGACCACGCCCUCCUAUGGCGCUGUGAAGGAUGACGAAGGGGACAAGGACAACCCCAUCAACGCCAAAAGAGGGGCCCUACUGAAUGGAGCUAAGGCGAGACUCAUCUUCGCACUCUGUCUUUGUAUGCUUAUCGUGAUAGCUGAAAUUGUAGGUAGUAUUUUAUCUGGAAGUUUAGCCAUCGUGGCUGACGCAGGUCAUCUUCUAACUGAUGUUGUCACCUACAUCAUCAGUCUUACCUCAAUCUGGCUUGCAAAGAAACCGCCUUCCAAGAAGUUCACUUACGGUUUACUACGUGCCGAGGUCGUUGGGGCCCUGUUUUCUAUCAUCUUAUCCAUCUGUCUCGCGGUCGUUCUCACCUAUUUUGCCGCUUUGAGGAUCGCCAACCGUGACUUCGAUAUCAAUGGCCAGGUUAUGGUCAUCAUCGGAGUUAUCAACUUCGUCGGAAAUAUCAUACAAAUUAUCCAGCUCCAGUUCGGGUUCUGCUGCUGUGCAAAUCUAUGUGGCGAGGAGGAGGAAGGUCUUCUUGCCAGCGGGCACGGGCACAGCCAUGGGGGCGGGCACGGGCACAGCCAUGGCUCCCUUUUCGGCGGUGGGAGCAAGGAUGAUGAGAUAAACAAUCACAUGAAUGUACGAGCCGCAUGUCUGCACAUAUUUGGCGACUCUCUUUCGGGUUUGGUUCUUGUGGCCGCCUUGAUCAUCUAUUUUAAGCCUGAGCUUAAAAUUCUGGAUCCGAUUCUAACCAUUAUCUGGGUCAUCGUACUAGGCACUCUCUUCGGUUUGUUCAAGGAAAGCAUCCAUAUACUCAUGGCAGGUAAACCGACGGGUGUAGAUUAUGAUGAAGCCAAGAGAAGGCUGGUCGAAAUAGACGGAGUUGAGGGCGUGCAUUCACUCAGGAUAUGGUCUCUAACUUCAGAUGUUCCCCUUGUAUGCGUCCAUCUUAUUUUAGCUCGGUUUUAUGACGGUCGGCCAGUUGAUGCGCCCAAGAUACUCCGAGACGCUCGUCAUAUCCUGGAGACUCACUUCGGCGUCGUACAUUCCACCAUUCAGAUAGAGACUGUGGAAGAUGGAGUAGAAUUCCUAUGUGCAAGAACUACCGGACCCGCGUAGAGACCAAUCUAUUCAUUCGUCCAAACUAUUAGGGCUCCGUUUCAUGAAAACCAUAGCUAGUUGAUAUAGUGAUAGUUGUGACAGCGGAAGUCGCUUCUGAUCUGUUUGGAGCUCCAUGAUUUCAAACUAUGACCGCGCUCACCUACGCGUAUAUUCGCGUGUCACAACUAUCUUUUUUUCUUUCCAAUACGCUACGAUUUAACAUUCGUAUUAACGUACGCUACCCAAAUAUUGCUGCAUGUGGUUGGCUUUGAGCUACUUUUAUCAUGUUGCAGUGUUUCUUUGUCAUGAGUGUUAUGAAACGGGGC